AUGGGGAUCUCGAAAACAAGAAUCAAUGGGCUUCUUGUCCUAUUGUUCACAACAUUUUUCACUGUAGGGGCAGCAGCAGUGGCAGAUAACAGCACAAGAAGGCACUUGACCAAAAAAUACAAAGGACCAUGCGUGGCCGCUAAUCUUAUUGACAAAUGCUGGAGAUGCGACCCCCAUUGGGCUGAUCAUCGCGAAAAAUAUGCUGAAUGUGCCAUGGGCUUUGGAAGCAAGGCUAUUGGUGGUAAAGGUGGACGCGUUUACGUUGUCACUGAUAAUUCUGACGACAACGUUGAGAAUCCCGAACCUGGUACCCUUAGGCACGCGGUGAUCCAAAAGGAGCCCUUGUGGAUCAUAUUCGAAAGGCACAUGCAUAUUAAGCUAAGCAGGGAACUACUUAUGGAAAGCCAUAAAACCAUCGAUGCCCGUGGGUUCAAUAUCCAUAUCGAAAAAGGAGCUGGAAUUAAGAUGCAAAGUGUGAGCAACAUUAUCAUCACUAACCUUCACAUUCACAACAUUAGAGUAACAUCUGGUGGCAUGAUCAGGGACUCAGUAGACCACAUUGGCAUAAGAGGUUCCGAUGAAGGCGAUGGUAUCAGUAUCUUCGCGACACACGAUGUCUGGAUUGAUCACGUGUCCAUGUCACAUGCCGCGGAUGGUCUCAUUGAUGCCGUCCAAGGAUCAACCGGUAUCACCAUCUCCAACUGUCAUUUCACGGAUCACGAUAAAGUAAUGUUGUUCGGUGCUAACGAUAACUACGUUGAAGACAAGAAAAUGCAAAUUACCUUGGCUUACAACCAUUUCGGUAAAAGGUUAGAUCAAAGGAUGCCUAGGUGCAGGUUUGGAUUCUUCCAUCUUGUCAACAACGAUUACACACAUUGGAUGAGGUACGCUAUUGGAGGAAGCAGUGGAGCAACAAUUAUAAGUCAGGGUAACCGUUUUAUCGCACAAGCGAGUACUUUAAUUAAGGAGGUGACACAUAGAGAAAAGGCAGUCGAAUCAGAAUGGAAGAAUUGGACUUGGCUAUCAAUAGAUGACGAUAUGCAAAAUGGUGCAUUUUUUAGAACAUCUGGUGAUGAAACAGCACUAACCAAAGUACAGAACUUAAAUUUGAUGCCAGCAGAGCCAUCAUACAGAGUUGGAAUUCUUACAAAGUUCGCAGGAUCACUUGGUUGCACAAUAGGACGCCCGUGCUAGACCAUAUAUCAAAAAUAUAUGUUUCAUUUAUUUAUUUAUUUUUGUUUCAAAAUAAAACUCCAGCU